AUGCCCAAUUCAACCACCGUGAUGGAAUUUCUCCUCAUGAGGUUUUCUGAUGUGUGGACACUACGGAUUUUACAUUCUGCAUCCUUCUUUAUGUUGUAUUUGGUAACUCUAAUGGGAAACAUCCUCAUUGUGACCGUCACCACCUGUGACAGCAGCCUUCACAUGCCCAUGUACUUCUUCCUCAGGAAUCUGUCUAUCUUGGAUGCCUGCUACAUUUCUGUUGCAGUCCCUACCUCAUGUGUCAAUUCCCUACUGGACAGCACCACCAUUUCUAAGGCGGGAUGUGUAGCUGAGGUCUUCCUCGUGUUUUUUUUUGUAUAUGUGGAGCUUCUGUUUCUCACCAUUAUGGCUCAUGAUCGCUAUGUGGCUGUCUGCCAGCCACUUCACUACCCUGUGAUCGUGAACUCUCGAAUCUGCAUCCAGAUGACACUGGCCUCCCUACUCAGUGGUCUUGUCUAUGCAAGUGUGCACACUGGCAGCACGUUCCAGCUGCCCUUCUGUCGGUCCAACGUUAUUCAUCAAUUCUUCUGUGACAUCCCCUCUCUGCUGAAGCUCUCUUGCUCUGACACCUUCAGCAAUGAGGUCAUGAUUGUUGUCUCUGCUCUGGCGAUAGGUGGCGGCUGUUUCAUCUUUAUCAUCAGGUCUUACAUUCACAUCUUUUUGACCGUGCUCAGGUUUCCAAGAGGAGCAGACAGAACAAAGGCCUCCACCUGCGUCCCUCACAUCCUGGUGGUGUCAGUCUUCCUCAGUUCAUGCUCUUCUGUGUACCUCAGGCCAUCUGCAAUAUCUGCAGCCACCCAGGAUCUGAUCCUUUCCGGUUUUUAUUUUGUAAUGCCUCCCCUCUUUAACCCUAUUAUUUACAGUCUUAGAAAUAAGCAAAUAAAGGUGGCCAUCAAGAAAAUCAUGAAGAGAAUUUUUUAUUCAGAAAAUGUGUAA